AUGGAGGUUGGAGCUUUUCUGGGCCAUGCCAACCUUCUGGACGAAGAAGUGGAGGGAAUGCUGUUCGCUCCAAACGCCGUGGCAUGGAAAACGGUGCUGGGGACAAUGACGGUGGCGUUUGAGGGAUUGACAGUCGCCGGCAUACAUUCUCGACCAGCUAUUCAGACCAUCGACUCGAUGGGCUUUGCUGUGGCCUUGUUCCUCCUUAGCGUCGGCUGGAUCACUCUAUCUCUCUUCAUUGAGAGAAUUCGAUCGUCGCGGCUCCCUCCAGGUCCAUUCUCUUUGCCCAUAUUUGGAGCGCUCUUCUCCCUCGAGGAGCCACUCCACCACCACUUUGCGAAGAUCAGCAAGAAGUAUGGGCCGAUUGUCUUCCUCAAGAUGGGAAUGGCCCCGUUCGUGGUGGUCAACGACAACCAAAUGGCAGCACAGGUUCUCAAGGCCCACGACCUUGAGUUUGGAAGCCGGCCGGAAGAUGGGUUCUUCCGGAUCGUCAGCCACGGCGGGAACGAUCUCGUCCUGGCUCCCAUCGGUGAUAAGUGGAAAGCAAUGAGGAGGAUUUGCAGCACACACCUGUUUAGCAACAGUAUGGUCAAGGCAAGUGCAGGAUUCCGGGAGUCAGAGAUGAAGCAUGCAGUCAAGGCCAUUUUCCAGCAAUCCGGGACAACGAUCAAGCUGCAAGAGGUUCUCAGCAAUCUCUUAUCAAAUUCGCUGUGCCUGGUUCUUUUUAGCGAGCGGGGGCUGGAAGUGGUGGAUCUUGUCCGGAGCGUAGCCGCUCUAAGCUUGAACUUGAACAUUGGAAUCCUGUUUCCGGCACUCGACCGGCUGGAUUUUCAUGGAGUCUAUCGGAAACUCAACACGCAGCUCAUGCCUCGCCUGAAGCUCCUGCUGGAAGAUCAAAUCGACAAGCAUCGACGCAGGAAAGAUCAAGCUGGAGACGGAUUCAUCCCUCGAGAUUUCAUCGACGUUCUUAUAUCUCUGGAGGACAAGGAUAAGUUGUCCAACAUCUCCACUUUGGCACUGCUCUCGGACAUGAUUCUCGCGGGGCUGGAAACGUCACUAGUGACGAUCGAGUGGACAAUGGCGGAGCUCAUUAACCAUCCGCAAGUCAUGUCCAAGGCUCAACAGGAGAUGGACAACGUUGUAGGCAGAGCUCGCGCUGUGCAAGAGUCCGAUCUUCCAAAUCUUCCAUACAUCGAAGCCAUUGUCAAGGAGUCAUUACGUCUCCACCCGGCGCUCCCACUGGGAUUUCCUCACUUGAAUCCCAAGCCAGUCAAGUUGGGCGGCUACACCAUCCCUGGCGGCUGCAAGGUUCUCGUCAACAUAUGGGCCAUUGGACGCGAUCCCGCUCGCUGGUCCGACCCAGAGGCGUUCCAGCCGGAGCGUUUUCUGGACUCCAACCCCAUCCCUGCCAACGGCCAGAACCUUGAUUUCCUUCCAUUCUCGUCGGGGAGGAGAGUUUGUGUUGGCUAUCCACUGGCCAUGAGAUCGAUAUCGUUUUUCGUGGCCAGUUUGCUCCAGGCAUUCGAGUGGAGUCCUGCUAACCCAGGCGGGAUCGACAUGGAGGAACGCACAAGAAGUAUGACGAUGAAGCUCACUGCCGACUUGCUUGUAAAUGCGUCUAUCAGGCUCGAUCAGAAUAUAUUGAUAAAUAAUUAAAAUGACCAAAUGCCUUGA